AUGGCCACAGAGAAAACCAAACACGAAGGGAGAGUGAAGAUCGGACAUUAUAUCCUGGGGGACACACUCGGUGUAGGAACCUUCGGAAAGGUUAAAGUGGGCCAACAUGAACUGACCAAGCACCAAGUGGCUGUGAAGAUCCUGAACAGGCAGAAGAUCCGCAGUUUAGACGUCGUGGGCAAGAUCCGCCGCGAGAUCCAGAACCUAAAGCUUUUCAGGCACCCUCACAUCAUCAAACUCUACCAGGUCAUCAGCACCCCCACCGACAUCUUCAUGGUGAUGGAGUAUGUGUCGGGGGGAGAGCUCUUUGACUACAUCUGUAAGAACGGAAAGUUGGACGAGAAGGAGAGCCGCCGCUUGUUCCAGCAGAUCAUUUCAGCCGUGGAUUACUGCCACAGACACAUGGUGGUGCACCGAGACCUCAAGCCCGAGAAUGUGCUGCUGGAUGCACAUAUGAACGCUAAGAUCGCAGACUUUGGUCUGUCCAACAUGAUGUCCGACGGAGAAUUCCUCAGAACAAGUUGCGGUUCCCCAAACUAUGCUGCUCCUGAGGUCAUUUCAGGAAGAUUAUAUGCUGGACCAGAGGUGGACAUUUGGAGUAGCGGCGUCAUCCUCUACGCUCUGCUCUGUGGGACGCUCCCCUUCGACGACGACCACGUGCCAACCCUCUUCAAGAAGAUCUGCGACGGGAUCUUCUUCACGCCGCAGUACCUGAACCCGACCGUCAUCAGCCUGCUCAAGCACAUGCUGCAGGUCGACCCCAUGAAGAGGGCCACCAUCAGAGAGAUACGGGAGGACGACUGGUUCAAGCAGGAUUUACCAAAGUACCUGUUCCCGGAGGACCCUUCCUACAGCAACAACCUCAUUGACGACGACGCCUUAAAGGAGGUGUGCGAGAAGUUCGAGUGCACAGAAGAAGAAGUCCUCUCCUGCCUGUACAGCCGCAACCACCAGGACCCGCUCGCCGUCGCCUACCACCUCAUCAUAGACAAUCGCCGCAUCAUGAGCGAGGCCAAGGACUUCUACCUGGCCUCGAGCCCCCCCGACACCUUCCUGGAGGACCAGCACUUUGGCGUGGUCAUAAAGCCUCACCCCGAGCGCGUGCCCUUCCUGUUGGCCGAGACGCCUCCGAGGCCGCGCCACACUCUGGACGAACUGAACCCGCAGAAGUCCAAGCACCAGGGCGUCCGCCGAGCCAAGUGGCACCUGGGGAUCCGCAGCCAGAGCCGGCCCAACGACAUCAUGACUGAGGUGUGCCGCGCCAUGAAGCAGCUGGACUACGAGUGGAAGGUUGUGAAUCCAUUUUAUUUACGUGUGAGAAGAAAGAAUCCAGUCACUACGAUGCAAACCAAGAUGAGUUUACAACUUUACCAGGUGGACAGCAGAACCUACCUCCUCGACUUUCGUAGCAUAGACGAUGACAUGUUGGAAACAAAAUCUGGAAGUGCUACCCCUCAUCGGUCGGGCUCUGUGGGAAACUACCGCACCACGAUUAAGACUGAGGACGGGGUGGAGGUGCCGGGCUCCUCCAGCCUGGUGUUCUCUCCUAAGCUAGCAGAGGGCUCGUUAGCAUCAUCACUGACUUCAUCCAUUGACUCUGCUGGAGCCGACAACGCCACGUUACCUCGACCCGGAAGCCACACUAUAGAAUUCUUCGAGAUGUGCGCUAAUCUUAUCAAACUACUUGCACGAUAG